UCGAAGAAAGGCAAAGGCAAAGGGAAGCGUCUGGAAUUUUCCUUGCCUCGGCUCGCGCACACGAAAUUCUAGAAACGUUUCUUCCGCCGCAAGUCCCCUCCCCACAUAAUUUUAUUCCUCCCCUCUCUUUCUCUGUAACGGAAUCAUCACCUAACCAAUUGCAUCACCGCGCUGCUUUCAGAGUUGCACGCGACCACCAAUCACAAGAAAGAAAGAAAGGAAGAACGAUGGAAGUGAGAAUCGGAAGAAGCGUUUCUCGGGGAAUGAUCCCACUGCUGGCCCUCCACGCCUUCAGCGAGUACUACCGCUCCAACUCAAAACCCCCCGUUACCGCCGCCCUCAUCGCCGCCAACACCCUCAUCUACCUCCGCCCCUCCUUCCUCCACUCCCUCCUCCCCUCCAUCGACCAAGUCUGGUUCAACCCCCACCUCAUCCUCAGGCACAAGGACCUGAAGCGCUUUCUCUUAUCGCCGUUCUACCACAUCGGAGAACCUCAUCUUGUCUACAACAUGCUCUCCCUUCUCUGGAAGGGGAUCCAAUUGGAGACAUCAAUGGGAAGCUUCGAAUUCGCUUCCAUGGUGGCUUCUUUGCUCGCUUUGUCGCAGGGGAUCACGCUCAUGCUCUCCAAAUCGCUGCUUCUCUUCUUCGAUUACGAGAGACCUUACUACCGCGAGUACGCGGUUGGAUUCUCCGGCGUUCUCUUUGCCAUGAAGGUCGUCCUCAACUCCCGCUCCGACGAAUACACUUCCGUCCACGGCGUUAUUGUGCCCUCGCGGUACGCCGCGUGGGCGGAGCUAAUUCUGAUUCAGAUGUUCGUUCCUGGAGCUUCGUUCUUGGGCCACCUUGGUGGAAUACUUGCCGGGAUACUUUACAUGAAGUUGAGGGGAAACUACUUUGGAUCCGAUCCUCUGAGUGUUUUGAUGAGGAGUGUUGGUUCUGCGUUGAAUUGGCCGGUUAGGUUUUUGGGAGGGUUGUUUCGGUCCCGGCGUGGGAGGAUCACCGGGAGGGGGACGGUUGGUGGUGGCGGCAAUCGGAGGAGGAGGGUUAAUGGUGGUGAUAAUGGGGGUUUCUGGAGGUGCCAGGCCUGCACUUAUGAUAAUUCAGGGUAUUUGAGUGUCUGUGAGAUGUGUGCUACUACAAGGGAUGGAAGUGGAUUGGCUUCUAUGCAAUGGGACAGGGAUUUGGAUGGACUUCCCUUGGAUGAAUUGCGGCGCCGAAGGAUCGACAGAUUUACUGGUAGAAGAUGAUGAUGUUGAUGGUGGAUGAUUGGAUUGUUUUAGGGUACAGGGUCUCCGGAUUGCUGUAUAUGAAUUAAGUUGAAUGUGGAGGUUUCAUGUCAUAGGUAUUAGCAUCAUUUUUUUAUAGGACAUAGUUUUGUAAAGAACUAUACGUCUAUACGACUAUACUAGAUGUCCAAAUUGCCUUGUACUUAACUGCAAUUCGUCGCCCGCAAUUAAUAUCAAUUCAGUAAGUUACAUUCACCAAAA